UCUCAAGCAAGAUUGAUUAAAGUCUAUUUCCAGCUCAUAACUAUCAAGCAGCCAUGAGAGUAAAUUACAAAGGCUUUUAUAGCUCGCGUUGACGUUUAUGACUGAAUCGUUGUUUAAGGCAGUUCGAUAAAGCCUGUUUGCUACACAUUAAAGCUUUUAGGACGUUAGCUGAUUACACUUGUUUAGUAAUUAUUACUCGACGUAAUUCGUUUUCGAUGGGAAUCAUAUUCGCCACUUUCUCUAACUCGCUUGAAUCGCUCAGAGAACAACCCAACCAAUAGCUGUUUUUUGUUCCGGAAUUAUUGAGCAGUUCUACAGAGUAUUAUAUGUUUUUACUUAGAGGAUUUAUUCAGUCAGUACAAGCAAAUAUGGCGCACUUAAUCGCCAAAGCCGUGGCAAUGGAAAUGUCUUCGCACUUGUCGAAGGCGUUUAGUCUUAUAUAAAAAAGCUCUUCCGAUAGUCACAUCGUUAGAAGAUUAAGAAAUGCUGCCUCCACCAGUUCAUAUCUCCUUUCAGGGAUGAUGGUUGUAGUAGAUAUGAACGGCAACAACAUUAAGUUUGAUAUUUUGCAAAGUGCAGUUAUUAUUCGGUAAGAAAUAGCUAUUUAUAGUUUAAAUAAUCGAUGUAAACUUGGAAAUUCGUAGUAAAUUGGAAAUUCCGUAAUAUGCUGUAACUUAUUGCUGGGCGGACGAUCAAUUUCUGAGCGCAAUCAAUAUAAUGGAUUAGCGUUUACAUCGGCUGAGGCUCAAAAAUACAAUAUACCUGAAUAACAUCGAAUUAAAUAUUCCAAGAAUCAGAAAAUGCAGGUUUAACUAAAUCGAAAAAUGCUAAUGAGCAUUUAUCACUAGCAGAUUUUCCACAUGCUUGUUCUAAUAAAAUUCCGGUCGAAGCUGGCAAAUAAGUGAAUUUUAACUUCGAUCGGGGAGUUGGCAGUAAUUCUUUAAACUUUGGAGGAAAUUUGGUUAAACUUUGAGCCCUUUUGAAAAAAGGCUUUGAUUUUGAUUUUUAGUUACAAAGGCCAUUUUUAUAUGGAAAACCUCAAUACAAAACGCCGUGACAAAAAAUAAAUUUCGAAAUACUUUCCGAGAAGAAACUGCAACUAUGGAGGUACAUCCCGACAAAACUGAAAAUACUCCAUUCUAUUCCAUGCUGUUUGGUGGCGUUUUUCCUUAGUACACUUGCAGUGUAGAAUUUUGCUUAGCAGGAAGUACUGUUGGUACCGCAUAGUUGCCACUUAACCCAGAUAAAAAUUAACACACUUCGUGGUUUAAUAAGUGAAAGGAGAAGCGUCCAAACAAGUUCUAAUCGUGUAGAAACCUGGCCAAGAAGGUCGGCGCGCUUUUUGGCUUGACUAUGGCUGAAUAUCUGUUUUAUUGUAUUUGUGUGUGUUCGACUAUCUGAUCCGAUGGUUGGCUUUAAGCUGCUACCUUUGCGUACCGCUUAAGGCAAGGUCGCAGCGGUAUCGGUAGUUCGCGCUAGGUACUCACAUGGACAUGUCUGUCGGCAUGUAGUCUUAACCAGAUCACUGGAUGUGGUGCAAUUAUUUGGUGCUCAAAGUAGUGUUUUGUAAAUACUUGUUGUGCUCUUGGAAUUGCUUGUGAUCACAAAGAAACGCUUAAUCACCUAUUUACUGGCAGUGAAAGUGCUGACGCGAGGUUUCAAAAUAAUAACAUCCAUUUGUUCUUUUGCAGGCAACGACACUGAGACCCAGCUGUAAAAGCAUUGGACAUUAAUCUUAUGAUUAGAUCUCAAGUUAAUAAGACGAAUACCCAGAAUUCAACUUGUGAAAUUAUGAGAACACCUCCAAUUGUCCCCAUGGACGACUGCGACGACAUCUUCGGACCCCCUCGUCUCUACCCCACUGCUUAUCCUCCCCGAAAUCGCCCCAGCAUGAUUUCCGCCAAAUACAAGCAGAAGGAGGAGCGUAGAAAAGUUCUUAAGAUCAGUCUGAAUAAAUUGAAGAAAAUCGAUGAUCCAGAUACGAAUCUACGCAGAUCGGUUUUGAUUAAUAAUACCAUGAAGCGAUUGCAACAGGAGACCAGAGACGAAAAGCUGCAAAAGCAGCAACUCAGCUACCCGCGGUGCUACAGCAACGAUAGCUACUUGAACAUUAAAUCGGAAUUUUUGAAGAACGAAAAGGCAAUGGAAGUGGAAGAUAUUAGCAGCACGUUUGCUAGCAACGACAAAAUUGAAGACCUAGUAAUCGAAAAUGAUUUCCAUGCAAGGCUUGAGGAGGAGAUCAACAAUGUGAGCUCAACAGGAAUUAGUGCUCUAAGUGACAUUGUGACGAGUGAUUUUGCAUCCCCAAGUGUAGUAGUGAAGGACGAUUCCAGCGAAUCGAAGAAAAGACCAUUUGAAGACCUGGUGGAUGAGUGCGAUAUGCAAGAUGUUCUUUCUCAAUUCUUCAUGCCUCCAUCUACCAGAAUGCUUGCUCCUAUUGAGGACGUUGACCAAGUGGGCGACGAUCCUCUAGCCAAAAGACUGAAACUUGAGGAAGAUCAACAGUUCCCUUUGCACACCCCUGACUCUUUAAUAUCCCAAUCGACUUACACAGACUACACGAAAAGUGUCACCAGUUUUAUAAAUAACAAUAUGCCACCUAGUCGCUUUAGUGGCACUUGUGGUGUGGACAGUGACUCCAGUUCUUUUAGUUGCGGACAGGCCUCCAUGUUUGGUGAAAUGCAAACGAAUGUUUAUCAUAAUUUGAUUGCUUCAUUGGAAACGUAGCGAAUUUUGGGAGUUUUUAACGUUGCUGAGUGUUUAAGUGGGUUUGUGGACGGCAAGGAAUUGUUUUUGCAAUUUCAACAAGUUGACAACACUCCUAGUGGAUCAACAUUCAAAUAAAAUUGAUACGCUUUGGAAUCGAGCCAAAAAUCCUGCCACACGACGACCAAAUCCACCCUUGCUAACCCACUGAACACACACCAGCCAUAAGGGCUUUCAAUUGUUAAUGUGAUAUAUGCGUGAAUUUAUAUGAGUACAUUAAUCGGUUAAAAUUUUGAAUUAUACAAUUCCUGUAAAUCAAACGUAAUAUCUCUGGCGUGUCCUCUAGCUUAUAGAAAAUGGAUAAUUCAGGAUUUAUAUUGGAUUUGAUACGGUCUUGUUUGUCUAAAAUGCCGCAAUGCUGACAAAACCCACCAUUGACCGAAUUUACGAGAAACGAUUACUUUCAGUUAUUUAAAAGCACUAAGAUUGUUUUCAAAAAUUUUGUUCUGUUUGAGAGAAUCAACUUUAAAAUAGCGUUUUUUAUAUAAAAAUGUUUCGUGUUUUGUCAGCACAUGCGGCACGUCUUGAUUACCAUACAAUAGUGUUUGUUCAGCUGGAAUGGACUUAGUUUAAUUCUUUUUAGUACCAUAUUGUGCUUAAAGCUCUCUAGAAUCGACACUUAUCUGUCGAAGACUCGUAACUUACACUAGAAGCAACCAAUAUUGUUAAUGCCAUAUGUUCUUAAACAAUCAUCUCGCAAAUGAAAUGGAUGUAUUUGCAAUUUUAGCUUCUCGCUAAUUUACUGGCAAACCUGUUUAUAUGGUAAAUGCAGUCAAUUUUCUGGCAUGACGAUGUUGUAUGCAGAUUUAAUACCAUGCCCAAACUCGUUCUAGCGUAAGUUAUUAGUUGCACCGAUAAUUUGUUAUCUCAAUUCAAGAUAACGGAGAGCACUAUGGCUGUGAUAUAAUUAAUGAAUGCAAACACUAUUAAGGAAUCUAAGUUAAAUAGUAAGUUUCCGUUAGCAAAUAAAAUAUGUACUUUCAAUUACUGUCGUAAGGCACGAAUAUUUUGGAUAAUGCGUAGAUUAUUGAUUUGUUAAGUAGGUUUUAUACGUGACUUCACUUGGAAGACGAAGUUCUUUAGUUAACAUGUUAUUGAGUGAAUUUUUUUUGCGUGUAUUUGUGGCGAUGAUGACGUAAAUUCUUCAGUGAUGAAGUAAGUUCUACAUUUUCCAGUUCUAGUAGAUGGGUUUUUUGAUUACAAUAAAAAUUCCUGUUGCUCCAAACAACUACCACCUUUGAAUACAACUGCUGAUAUCUUAUCAUUUCAUGCAAUGUUUGUGUCACUAUAUCAAUUUCCACAACCCAGAUCCAUUGUAAAACAAAUAUUAAAAUUCAGUUCAAAUAUGUUGACCGUAACAUUCAACAAUUGAUGGCACAUACCUAAUUGUCGUCAUAUAGAAUACGUAAUGACCCAAAUUGAAUCACUGUGCAGGACUGUAAGUAUCUUAUAAUGAAGUAAUCGCCAUAAAGCUACGCACAUUUUUAAAGGAAUAUCCCAUGCUAUUUAUCGUGAUCCAAUUAACUGGUUUGAUUUAAAUGUUUAACUUUAUUAUCUUUGGUUUUUGAUGUUAAAUUAAUUACAAGGCUAAGGCAGAGUUAGCUAAACCCAUUGUUAUGGUUUGGUUACAAAAUUUUCUUACGUUUCUAAUUAGUUUUUAGAAGUUUGAUUUAAACACAUUUUCACUGUUCGUGUAAGGUUUAAAUUUGAGUUAUCCAAGUAAUCCACUUUUUGCAUGUUAGAUUAUUAUUUAUAAAAACGUUACGUUUUCUAUUUUCGAUCCUAUUACUCGUAGUCCAAUUUUAGUUUAAUAACUUCUCGCAAUCGAUAGUUUUUAUUUUGUUACUAUUUAUAUUACUAUUCACUUAAAAUUAUCAUUUCUCCUCAAAUAUUUCAUUACUAAAACUGUACAUUACAACAAUGUAUUAAUAUUAUAAAUAUUGUUAUCCCUAUUGUAAAAUAUUAAAAUUAAUUACUUAAUGUACCAAAAUAUAAAUGUUACCGCUCAAAUCGCUACCUCAGCCGUGUAAAUAUAGGUGAAUAAGCGAGGUAGUACCGUUUCUAUUUUGUAAGUGCAUUGCACGCAUAUGUUAGGCAGAAAACGUGUACAUGACGGCAUUUUUUAUGACUUUAAAAGAUGCAAUAAAGUACCUGAAAAUGA